UGUUUGCGCGGUUGCGGGGCCGCAGGGUUGUUUAUUCGCCAGGCAGAAGAAUAAGUACAUCUGGCGCCCAUUUGCAACUUCCUCAGAAUUCAAAGAAGCUGUGUGGAGUACGCCCCUACCAGUUAUAACGGGGGCAGGGCAACAGAUCGUUAUGCUCGGAUUGGCAUUAAAUAUGCCUGGUACCUAGGCAGCAUUGCUUUUGAAAACAGCCCUACCCAAUGUGGUUGAGUACAAGACUGUAAAAUAAUUAAUUCCCAUGUUCAUGAUAAGCCACAGAUAUGGCUGCUGCUGAGGCCUGGACAUUCACAUCCAAUCUGCAAAAUGAUCACGUCUCACUUUUGCUUUUUAACUCAGAAGAUGAGACGUACCUGUUUAGAGAUGUGCAAGAGAGGGAGAGCAUGCAUGGGACAUUCUUGCCUGGAGGGCCUACUACUGUGGCACUGAAUACAUGGAGUAAAGUGGUUCAAAACAAGCUCAAUGAGCUCAUUGGUUCUUGUGAUAUUAGCCCUCAACUGCUCAAGAUCCAGAGAUUUUUCAUCCCGUGCUUGGCCCGAGCAAUCAGCCAUGUUGUCUUCUACAUCAAAGUUAAUAACAAGAUCAAAAACAAGACUAAGGUCAAGCCGCUGCUGCGCUGGAUGACGCCGGCUCAGGUGCGCGCGUGCGUGGCCGAGGCACGACUGAUGGCCAGCCCCGAGGUGCUCGAGUACCUGCAGCUGGCCGAGGCCCGCGAGCAGCCCACCAGCUCAGGUGCGCACCAGGUCACGCUGGACGAGAAGGGCGGCGGCUACAUCUACGUGCUGGCCGAGGAGCGCGCUGUCAAGCUGCCGCACGAACACCUGCUGGAGGCGGCCAAGUUCUUCAAGCAAGAGCAGGGUCUGCUAUACGAGGAGUUUGUGCGGCGCUGCUUCCCCUGCCUGUUCAUGAACUUCUCGCGAUUCUCUGAUCUUGUGCAACAUAUUGGCUGGGAACAGUCGACGCAUCAGGACCUGUUCAGGAGUCUGGACUCGCAGGGGCGCGGCGCGCUCACGUACCGUGACCUGCUGUUCGGCCUGGCCGCGCUGGAGCCGUGCACACAGCACGGCGGCCCGCCCGCCGAGAUCCGCUGCCGCUACAUCUUCAGGUACUACGACAGGGACAACGACGGCCGGCUGGAGUUCUCCGAGUUCCGCCAGAUCGUGACCGACAUUCGCCGCUUCAAGGGUCAGAGCGUCAACAAGGAGGAGCUGGUGCAUGUGACGGAGCAGAGUGCCAAGGUGUUCGGUGCCGAGUCGAGCGAGUACCUGACACUCACCGAGUUUCUGACCGGCGUCGGUCAGCUGAAGUUCCGUGGCACGUCGCUGUUGCUGCGCUCGCCCCAGUCGGCGCUGGGCUACCUGCGCCGCGGCGGGGGCGCCGGCGGCGCGGCCGACGCCCCUGCGGCUGUGCCCGGCGGCCGGCUCUCGCCACGUCCGUCGGCGCAGUUCGACCGCUCCCCGCUGCACCGGUCCGACGGCGGCGAGAGGGUCGAGGACGUGUCGGUGGUGGAUGGCGCGUUCUUCAGCCCUCCCGGCGGUACCGAGGGCACCGAGUACGAGCUGGCCACGCACUCUGUGCGCGUGAAGCGCACCGGCACGCUUCUGGACAUCAACGCCCUCUGGGACAUGGAAGACACGUCAACCAUCUCGGCCUCCGCCCGGCUCAACAAGAAGAUGCGCUGGGAGCGUAUCUCGUCCGUGGACAGUUUCAACCAGAAGUCGCAGCCCAACGAGAUGCUGAACGGACUGCGCUAUUUCGAGCGGCCCGUGCGCGCCGACCAGGCCAGCGGCAAGCACAUGCCCAAGGAGGCCUUCCACUGGGGAAACGUGGACAAGGCUGUGCUGGCCAAGUGUCUGCUGCAGAUCUGCUACCUGGUCAAGGACAUCCUGACGCAGGAGCCGCGCCUGCUGCAGCUCAAGUCUCCCUGCUACAUCCUCGGUGACAUCCACGGCAACUUCGAGGACCUGGUGUGCUUCGAGAAGGCGCUGUGGCGGCUGGGGCCCCUGCUGACGCCGGCCAGCUUCCUCUUCCUCGGCGACUACGUCGACCGCGGCGCGCACGGCGUGGAGGUGGUGGCCUACCUGUUCUCGCAGAAGCUUCUGUGCCCCAACAAGUUCCACCUGCUGCGCGGCAACCACGAGGUGCGCGAGAUCCAGCAGACCUUCACUUUUCACAGGGAGUGCAUCAGUAAGUUCGGCAAAAUCACCGGGCCUGAGGUGUGGGAGGCCAUCAACGAGUGCUUUGACGCCAUGCCGCUGGCCGCUGUCAUCGAUAACAGGAUCUUCUGCGUGCACGGCGGCAUCCCGGCGCCCACCAUCGAUGGCGGCCGCGUGUCGGCCAUCAACCGGAUUCCGUGCCCGCUGCCGCAGCCGGAGACGCAGAGUCCGCUCGCCUGGGAGAUCAUGUGGAACGACCCCAUCAGCAUGGGUAGUGUCAGCUCGGAGACGCUGGACGAGCUGCGCGAGAACGACGGCUUCAUUGAGAACUACCGGCGCGGCACGGCGCAUAUGUUCAGCAGCGACGGACUCGACCGUUUCCUCGAGCGCAACGGGCUGUCGCAUGUGGUGCGCGCGCACGAGGUGCAACAGGCCGGCUUCCAGUUGCAGCAGAAGGGACGUCUGCUGACCGUGUUCUCGUCGUCGCGCUACUGUGGCGGCUCCAACGAGGCUGCUUGCGUGCUGGCCGACUGUCACAAGCUGCGCACCCUCCGGCUGGACACGGCCUGACGAGACCACCUGCGGCCGCGGAGCCGCACCAGGGCGACGCCCGAGGGCGGGGAGACGGUCCCGGGUCCGAGGCUGGGUCACAGGGCGGCGGGCCGUCGCUCCAGGGGCCUGUGCGGCGAGACUCGUCCGGAGAUCCGGCUCCUGGGGCGGCCGCGGUCAGCUCACUGCCGCUGGGCAUGCUCUGAGGUCAGGUCGCCCUGCGGUGUGACCUGUCUGACACCUGUGUAACCUGUGACCUGUGACCGGUCCUGUCUGGUCGUGGUGAGACGGUGGAGGGCCCAAGGGCUGGAGGGCAGGUGGCGGCCCGUGACCCGUCUUGGUAUGACGUCACCGGCAUGGCUGGGGGGGGGGGGGGGGGCGAGCAUUCGAUCAAACAGUGCUAGUUGUCUUCUGUCUAGUCCAGUCCGGCAGCCAUUGUUUCCAGCUAAGGAAUGAAAAAGGGAUUGGUCUUUACUCGGAGUUGAUUAUCGGAAUGUGCGUUCGCGCACGGUAUGUGUCGGUCACGCUUCAGUACGUGUGAAUCCUUGCUGCGGGAGGCGAGUGGGUGCCACUUGCCCGUGUCCACCAGACAUUGAUGAAGGCAGCAUUAUUAACCCUGACUUACUUAAAUGGCAAACAGGGUUUGCCUCCGUCUGCUUAUGAAAUAGAGCUUCCCCUUCAUCAAUUCGAGUCCGUCAGCUCGAGACAAUAUGCAACUACGCCAACGUAAUUGUAUUGUAGCUGGGUUAUCCGAAACGUCGUUUUCAUGACUGUCUUCGCGCGUUCUGUGGAAUACGCGUGCAGAAGAGUACCGUUGAGUUUUGUGUUCUGAAUGUGGCGCUUGUCAUGUUGCCACAUUGUGCUAAAAUUAGCAAAAUUCGCGAUUUCUGCUCAGCGACGCCAUGUCUCGCGUUUUACACACGUACCUGACAGGCGGCAUUUGGCAUAUGAUCCUUACAUUGGCGUAUGUGCAAGCUCCAUCACAUGUCUUAAAGUGCAUUGCUCUUACCGAUAUGUGGUAAUCUUGCACGGAACAGUUUGUGACCUGGUGUGUGCCAAAAGGUCUGCCAGCGCACUUUGCUCUGAUGUAAUAUCGAUUCAAUUCCAGUACCCGUUAAAAUUCAGUUGCUGGCUCAUGACUGUGUACAUAUGCCUUUGCGUUGCUCAGUACGGAUGUAAUGUACGACUUUGUUGACAACAGUGACAUCUUGUGACGCUUUGUCGCUAAAUCUGGGUACAUGCGUUGCGCCAUGCGCCGAGUGGCCGCUUGAUGCGUUGAAAUGGAUGUUCCAACGCUCCACGUUUAUGUGCGUUUGUGUUGCGUUCUCUUGCUGCAGGGUGCCCUUGAGCGCGGCGUGUUCAUUAUGCGUUCCAGAUUCGUUUGGCUGUGCUUAGUUAACCACACUGCCGAGGGCAGUCGACGCCUUUCUCGGCGUCGUUGUAGCCGUGUCCCCUCUGCGAAGCCGUGCCGUUGUCAAAGACGUGUAUAUCUAAUGUCCGGUAAUAAGUCAAUAUACUCACAACUGCACUCAU